AUGAACUGGGUCAAAUGGCACGUGAUUGAGGGUUUCUGUCCUCUGUCGUACGGCGAGAAGCGCUGGGUGCGGGAGAGCUUGAACCAGAUUGCUGCGAAGGGCUUCCCGCUGGGCCGCCUCCACAAGGAAGCUGUAGCGAAGAUGGUCGUCGAGUACUACGCCGCAACCACUGCUCAGUUCCAGGCGGAGAUAACCGCCGAGGUUGGAGGCGUACCGCGUCUUCACCUCGACCUCGACCUGUGGGUUGACAAGUCCUCGACCUUGAUGUUCAUGGGUGUUCGGUUGUUCUACAUCGACCGGGAGUGGCGGCUGAAGUCCCGCCUCCUAGCUGUUCGACAGUUCAACCCGACACUGGAGAUGUUCGAAAACGAGCGCCUCUCUGCGGUCCUUGAGAAGUACCUUACCGAUGUGCUUGAGGAGUUCGGCCUCGACGUGUCCAUGCUCUUCUCAGCAACAAGCGACGCCGGCAGCGAUGUGAAACACCGCCUAUGUCACACAUUGAUCCCGAGGCUAUGGAAGUCAUGUGUGUGCCAUAUGCUCAACUGCUCUCUGGUCGAAGCCAUCGGUACUCGCGUGGACUCGCGAAAGCCAGGGAAUCCCGCCGCGCGCAAAGUAGUGUUGGCGGUGAAAAAAGUCGUGGAGCACAUUCGCAGGUCCAAGUCUCCAGGAGCAAAGGCUAUCUUCCAGGAAGAACAAGUUAGGCACUAUUCGCAGUGCUUGCACCGUAAGCUGGUCAACGUGGCACCGCAGCGGUGGUCUGGUGUGAGCGGCGUCCUCGAGGCGACCAUCGUCAACCGUGUUGGCAUCGACGGGGUGUACGCCAGGGAAGGGAGCGUCAACCCUCUGGCGCCGCACGAGAACGAGAUCGACGAGCUGUACUCCCUUAUCAAGCCUGUGGCGGAACUCAUCGUCACGUGCCAGCAAACCCACGUCCCCACGGGACAAGCUGCGGUGCUUGGCCUAGCGACACUCAAGCUCAGCACCUUCAACGUCGACGCCCGACUCGACGUCCUGACGCCCGUGCGGGCACAAGGUUGGCCGGAGGGCACCGGUGGCGGGGAGCGGAAGGCCACCAGCGUCCCAAGGUUGCACAACCACCUGACUCAAGUAGGUCGCGAUGCUCGCGAACACCUCGCGUCCGCCCUUGACCGGAGGUACUUCGACAGGUGCUACAAGUCCGCCGAUUCAGAGAAGACGACGGACUUCGUGUUCGACAUGCAGAUGGGCCUACACCCGACUACGGCUGACCUCCAGUACGUGGACAAGCUCACCUCGACGGAAGUGCACGCUGCGUUUGUCAAGAAGAGCAUCACCGACAAGAUCAUCGCCUUGGCUGUGGAGCUGGCGGAGAAGGAGAUGGAGCGCAAGCAGGCCGGCCCGGAGCAAGACGAGUCAGUCGCAAAGCGGGCGCGCCCGGCGGCCGCUCCCGGAAGCUUGCAAACGGCAGUCGCCAAGGCCAGAAACAAGAAGGACGACGCGGCUACAGCGAAGUUCGCCAGCCUCGGACUUUUCAAGAAACGCAGGGGGGGGGGGGAAGCGUCGCAACAGCCAACGUUCGAGCCGAUGGCUCGCGCCGAGCUCGAGACGCUGAGGGGUGUGGAGGCCGGCACACUGACGGACGACCUCAGCUGCGAGGGUGUGCUCGAGUGGUGGAAGAAGUGGGGUAGGUUGUACCCACUCCUGGCCAGGGCAGCCCGUGUGGUCUUCGGGGCACCAGCGUCGGCGGCAGUGCUCGAGCGCGACUUCACUGAUGCUUGGUGCAUGAUGGCGUCAUCGAGGAGCGCAGGUGAUGCCAAGUACGUGGAGAUGGUCCUAUUUCUGCACGGGAACCUCGACCUCAUUCCUGAGCAAAUCCCAGAGCUGCGAGACGAGGAUGUUCAAGCCAAGAUUCCCGGGCGGUUGUCCAACCCUAUCCCGGAGCUUCACGGGCUUGACGGCACGCUCGGCCUAGUAGAUCUCACCAACGACGAGGGAGGGGUUGGACCGGGAGAGGGCGAGGAAAGCGAGGGAUAA